AUGAAAUCGCCAAGGCACGACGCAGGAGACAAGUUGCAGCCUCUUCUACCGCAGACCUUGCCUCGCAAGACCCAAGCAGGAGCGAGGUUCGGCGGCUGUCUGGGCUCGUUCCUGCGCCUCCUCAGGGUCCUCGUCCCGUCCUGCUCAGCACCACGCGGUCGAAUCAGGAGCGUUUUCAACGUGCUGCGCCGGGCGCCCAUAAUCUUCGAGUUUGUAAUCCUCGCCUGGGCCUACUAUGCUUACGUGGUGCUGCUCUGCAACGGCCUCUUGUUCGAACGCGGCUUGCUCGCCUGGUUCUUUCGUCUCCUGGGCUUCCACCUGACCUUGCUGGGUUCGUUGUGGCCCUUCGAACGCAUGCUGUCCACGCCGCUCAAGCCGGUGCCUGUCUGUUUCUACGUGAUGCAGCGGCUGGACAGCGACGACCGCAAGCGCCGGUACUGCUACAAGUGCCACGUGAUCAAACCGGACCGCUGUCACCACUGCUCCCUGUGCGACACGUGCGUGCUCAAGAUGGACCACCACUGCCCCUGGUUCAACACGUGCGUCUCCUUCAACAACUACAAGUAUUUCCUGCUCUUCCUGUUCUACUCCACCGUGCACUGCGCUUACAUAUCGUGCACCACGUACCGCCAUUUCGGCAUCGAGACGCGCAUGAUCCUGGGUUUCUGGCCCGAUAUCAGCAUUACCUUCCUCUUCCUUAUGGCCCUUUUCUUCGGCGCUGCCUUUUUACUCCUUUUUCUCUACCACCUGUUUCUCGUCUGCAAGAACAGGACCACACUCGAGAUGAUUUCGCGGUCCGAACGAGGGCGUUACGACCUGGGCGUCUGCAGGAACAUGGCUCAGGUCCUGGGACCCCAGAAGCGCCUCUGGCUCGUGCCGGUCUACACGACACCCGGUGACGGGACUGUCUUCCCGUCAGCUCAGGAAUUUUCCCGGUCGGGUCCUUACGCGGUUUGA